UGCCUUCCUUCUUUCUUUCUUUCUUUCUUUCUUUUCUCACUCUCCCUGUCUCCUUUCCACUCCUGCAGCCCUUAUUUUUUUCCCUUCUCUCCUUUCCACUUCCAGCUGUUUUUGGCUCCGAGGAGCAGGAACGGAGGGGAAGUUCUCCACCAAUUGUCUUGGUCCUGAGAGGAGCUUGUUGGUCGGACCCCACCCUCCUUCUGUCUCUCUUCUCUCCCUCCUGUCCCGUUCGGUCUCUUCUCCCUCCUUGCCGUUUUUCUCUCCUCCCCCUGUUGUGAGAGAGCACACCUGCUUGAUUUUGGCUGCACGCUCUCUGAUUCAAACAACCCCACAGGUCGCGUUAGCCACUUCUUACUCUCAUCCCUCCACUUGACAGGAUUUUGGAAGUCAAGCUCAUCCCACCGGCUUCUACUCUUCUUGUCUGGCUUCCACUGAGAACAGACUCUCUGCAAGCAGCACCAUGAGGACCGCCUGUCUGUCCUUGCUUCUGGUCACUGCCUGUUGGGCUCUGCCCUUCCAUCAAACUGGCUUCCUAGACUUCAUGAUGGAGGAUGACGCUGGAUCAGGUGUGACACCUGAUCCUAAUGGGUCAGGCCCCUCUGGCGAACCUGUAGGACCAAAGUGCCCAUUCAGAUGCCAGUGUCACCUACGUGUGAUCCAGUGCUCGGACCUCGGUCUAAGGGAAGUACCUGCGGACAUUCCUGACGAUGCCACUUUGCUGGACCUGCAGAACAACAAGAUCACUGAGAUCAAAGAGAAUGAUUUCAAGCACCUGAAAGGAUUACAUGCUCUGAUCCUUGUGAACAACAAGAUCACCACUAUCCACCCAAAAGCUUUCAGCCCUCUGACUAAGCUGCAACGCCUCUACCUGUCCAAGAACCUGCUGAAGGACAUGCCUGCCAACAUGCCUAAAAGUCUGCAGGAGCUUCGCAUCCACGAGAAUGAGAUCACCAAGAUCAAAAAGGCCUCCUUCCAGGGCAUGUCCCAAGUCAUUGUGAUGGAGCUUGGAUCCAACCCUCUGAAGAGCGCAGGAGUCGAGGCUGGGGCUUUUACUGACCUGAAAAGGGUCUCUUACAUUCGAAUUGCAGACACUAACAUCACAGAGAUUCCCAAAGGUCUGCCUAGCUCUCUGUCUGAGCUUCACUUGGACGGAAACAAGAUCACCAAGGUGACAUCCAGCAGCCUGAAAGGCAUGAAGAAUCUGGCCAAGCUCGGUCUGAGCUACAAUGAGAUCAGCUCUGUGGAAAACAGCAGUCUAGCUAAUGUACCACAUCUGAGGGAGCUGCACCUUGACAACAACGCUCUGACCAGCAUUCCUCCUGGCCUGCCUGACCAUAAAUACAUCCAGGUGGUCUACCUGCAUGCCAACAAGAUUGCUGCUGUGGGAACAGAGGACUUCUGCCCCCCUGGCUUCAACACCAAGAAGGCCAUGUACUCCGGCAUCAGCCUGUUCAGCAACCCCGUACCUUACUGGGAAGUUCAGCCGGUCACCUUCCGCUGCGUCUUCGACCGCUCUGCCAUCCAGCUCGGAAACUACAGAAAGAAGUAGAGCUGAGCUGCUCCACGAGAAAGAAUGUGUUUAUAGAUGAGAGCAUGAACGUUUUGUGUGCGUUAAACCAUAACCCCACAACACUGAUUCCCACUACUUCGCUUUUCCACCACUGCCACCGUACAAAUUCUGACGGUAUUAAUCUACACUCUACUUUCAAUGCUGUAGCAGACAUAGACCGUAAACACAACAAUCCACUCUCAAUAUUUAGCUCCAAGGUUUGUGCAGCAGUUAUACACACAGCUUAUAGUAAACACUAGCACAUUAUGGUGGCACUCACACACAACAUAUCAUUUGUGGAACCAGUUAAGAAAUGCAUUUACUUUGUUUUUCUGUUUUUGCAUAGAUGUUUUAACACAUUAAUUUGCAUAUAUUAAUUAUUUCAGUGGAUCAACACAGUGAUGAACCCAAACCAAAAAGACAAAUCACUCAGUGGAGCAAUAACAAAAAUCCCACUUGGUUCAACUUUUUCAACUUUUAUUCAUGAUACUACAGCUGGCCUGCAGAGCAGGCAGCAAGACUAACCUGUGUUUUAAACUACCAUCAACAACUGACUUUCUGGUGGGUAUUAGAUACUCCCUGUGUAAUAGGAAUGGCUUUCAGAGUGUAACAUCAACAAACUGCACAGAGCUCAAGUUUUUAUUUGUAUUGUAUAUACUUCAAAUAGAGAUAAAAGCAACCAUGUCUUGUUCCACAUUGUGAUUUAUUUUGCUUACAGCAAUGUUUUUAGUUUUAAAAUUUUCUUCAUCUCAUUCCAUCCUGCGUUUUUCUCCCUAGCGUUUUUCUCAACACAAGGCGAAAAUAGCUUCAAACAUUUAGAAUAAACAAUAUAUGUCUUGAAGUGAAGCCACUUCCAAAGAUUAUAUGCAUGCUCUUGCUUUUUACCUUUCAACUUGAACAAAAUGCUUUUGAAUUCAUUUGUUAAUGCGCUUAUGUAUUAUUAUUUUUUUUUUUUCACUUGUCCUUCCUCUCUUUAACAGUCAUGAGAAAUUGGAGGGUGUAUCACAAGCAUCCAUGUUGGUGUGAAUGUUGUAUGUAUAGACGCUGUAUAUAAAUGUUGUAUAAAAACUUCUCAAUGCUUAAAGGCACAAGGCACUUACCUUAGCUCAGACUUAAUAUAUCAGCAGGAAAGGUGUUUCUCUUUUUACUCGGAGCAGGGGCUCCAGCUAAGGUGUCCUGAACAAAAUAAAAGUACUAAUAAAAAAAGUA